AUGGCUACGGAGUCGCAAGCAGCAGAGCAACCGACAUAUACAGUGCUGGUCAAAGAUGCUCCAAAUUUCGACCUGCCCGCUUACAUUGCGAACUACAGAGGUCGGACUGUGUUUCGUCGCCUGCACCUCAUCGCGUCAUGUUCGACCGUAUUAGCGCAGGAAGCAGCCGUGAUGGCGAUGGCCGAAGCGAAGAAAGGUGCAGAUGUCAAAAACUACCACGAGGCGGUGGCAUUGUUGAAGAGAGUCUUCGGUGGUCAGAAUGUCGACAGUUUCUUGGAUCCAGUAUGGGCAGCCCAGCAGGAGAAAAAGAACACUGCAGAAACUGCUCGGUUAGAAAACGAAUUGAAAGGAUACAAGAACAACCUGAUCAAGGAAAGCAUACGGAUGGGCAACGAAGACCUCGGAACACAUUACUACACGAUCGGAGACCUCACCAACGCCGUCAAGGCGUACUCUCGAAUGCGGGACUACUGCACCACGGCUAGCCACAUUGCCGCCACGGCGUUUCGAAUCAUUGCGGUCGCGAUUGAACAAAAGAACUGGCUGGCCGUACAGUCUCAGGUACACAAGAUCCGGAACCUACAGAUGAAGGCCGAAGAUGCGAAGCGAACGUUUCCAAAGAUGCAAGCGGCCAUGGGACUGCAACAAAUGUCGAUGGGCGAAUAUCUCGAAGCGGCGCUAACAUUCCUCAACAUCGACGCCACCAUCUCAGACAGUUACAGAGAAGUCAUCAGCAGCAAUGACAUCGCCGUUUAUGGUGGGCUCUCGGCUUUGGCGUCCAUGGACCGUCCCGACCUCCAGGCCCGAGUGCUGGAGAACCACAGUUUCCGGAAUUUCCUCGAACUUGAACCUCACAUUCGCAAGGCCAUCAACUUUUUCUGCGCGACAAAGUACAGCCAGUGUCUACAGAUUCUUGAAUCCUACCGGGCAGACUAUCUGUUGGACAUCUACCUGCAGCCUCUGGUGUCUGACAUCUACAAGAGGAUCAGGACGAAGAGCAUCAUUCAAUAUUCACUGCCGUUCAGCAAAGUCACUCUGGCCAGCAUGGAAAAGAUGUUUGGCGAUCCUCCGUACCAGUCAACCUUCCUUGAAGAGAUUGAAGAGUUGAUCAAUGAGAGCAAGUUGGACGCCCGCAUUGACCUUGAACACGGCACGUUAAAUGCCGUCCACCAUGAUGCACGGGCCGAGAUCCAACAAAAUGCAAUCGACACGGUCGAACGGUUUAUCCGCGAGGCUCGGAUGAAAAUGAUCAGAAUGCAAAUCAUCGAUGCAGGGCUGGAAGUGAGGCCACCUUCCAAAAAGAAGGUAUGGAACUCGGACCAGUCUGACGCCGUUAAUUACGACGAUAUCGGUGGUAGCGGUACCGGUGGUGGUAUGUCGUCGGGAAAUCUCGUUGACGUGGGUGCUGGCUCGGGACUGGCAGCACGACGGGGUGGAUAG